UAUAAAAAGAGGCACUUGGUGUCACUCAUUAAUUGCUUCGUAGAAAAUUUGAACAUGAAAGAUUGGGACAUGAGAACAUGCGGAGAAACGCGGUAUGAAAAAAGAGCUUGAAGGUCUCUCAACCAUAUCUCAUAAAUGUUCUUUGUACUUACUAUAUAUAGUGUUAGCGGCUUAGUCAAGUGAGCUACAACAAUUGUAUACUGAAUCACACGAUACUACAACACUUAUUUAAAAGAUAUGGGGAAAGUAUCGUUUGGGUUUUUGGGUUUGAUGCUUGUAGUGGCGGUGAUUGGAAUUGUGGAGAGUAGGAGGUUUGAGAAGGAGACAUUAGGAGGUGGUGGUGGUGGACUUGGCGGUGGCUUUGGUGGUGGGAAAGGUUUUGGCGGAGGAAUUGGUGGCGGUGGAGGUGCCGGUGGAGGUUUUGGUGGUGGUAUAGGUGGAGGCCAUGGUGGUGGUUUAGGAGGUGGCAUUGGUGGAGGCCACGGUGGAGGUAUAGGUGGUGGUGCUGGAGGAGGAGGUAUUGGUGGUGGUGCUGGAGGAGGUGCUGGUGGAGGUAUUGGUGGUGGUGCCGGAGGAGGCCACGGCGGAGGUAUUGGUGGUGGUGCCGGAGGAGGUGCUGGUGGAGGACUCGGAGGAGGUGCUGGUGGAGGCCACGGCGGAGGUAUUGGUGGUGGUGCCGGAGGAGGUUCUGGCGGAGGUAUUGGUGGUGGUGCCGGAGGAGGUUCUGGUGGAGGUAUUGGUGGUGGUGCUGGAGGAGGUGCCGGUGGAGGAAUUGGAGGUGGUGCUGGUGGGGGAUUAGGCGGCGGUGCUGGCGGAGGUGCCGGAGGCGGAUUUGGUGGGGGAGCUGGCGGCGGUGCUGGUGGAGGUGCAGGUGGAGGAUUCGGCGGUGGUGCAGGAGGAGGUGUUGGUGGAGGAGCUGGUGGAGGAUUUGGUGGUGGUGGUGGUGCAGGCGGAGGUCACGGUGGAGGUGUUGGCGGAGGAUUUGGUGGAGGAUCGGGCGGAGGCUUUGGUGAAGGAGCUGGCGGAGGUGCUGGUGGAGGAUUCGGUGGUGGUGGUGGUUCUGGUGGUGGAUUUUAAAUUCCAGUAAUUGUU